AGCCUUCGACUCGAGUGGAUUUUAUUAUUAUUGAAAUAUAGUUUUGUGAAUUCACUAAAUAUAUCCUAAUAGAAAUUAUUAAUAAUGGCAAUUAAGAGUGUGAUUCUAGCUUCAGCAUUAAUAGUAUGCGUAUAUGGACGUGUGUUUACAUAUCUAAGGCCUCUGGAAUACCAACCGUCGCCGACCCUCAUUCACGCCCAACCUAAACUUGCUUACGACCUGCAUCAUCAGAUACCUGAAGAUGAGCAUGUGGACUAUUAUGCAUACCCGAAGUAUGUAUUCAAAUAUGGAGUGAACGAUUUUCACACAGGCGACAUUAAAACUCACCACGAAAGCCGAGACGGUGACGUCGUUAAAGGCCAAUACUCAGUCGUAGAGCCUGACGGUUCGAUUCGCACUGUGGACUACACGGCUGACAAACACAGCGGAUUCAAUGCGGUCGUCCACAAGACUUCCCCGAUAUCUGCACACGAGGCCGCCCAUCUUCAUCACAUUCACUAAGCUAUACUAAAAUUAAACUUUGAUUUGUUCGGUAGGCAUAUUGCAGAUUUUUUUGGUUUAAAAAUACGCUGAUAAAAUCU